CAAAAUGUCGUCAUAAUAUAUGCUGUUCGGAUCUGUUUUGGAUGGGAAGCGUUGCCGUUAUUAGAUGGGGAGAGAGAGAGGGACACACAUAUAUUGUUGGCUAAACUGAGGGACCCGAAUGAGCUAUUUAGUGCUAAACCAAGGGUUAACGACAGUGCCUGUAGUGAGUGAACUCGUUGCUAACUAGCUAGCUGGUUAACGUGUGUUUAGUCAGACGUUUAGCUAGCUAGCCGAUAGCUAGCUAACGCGUUAGCUACGGUUACAUAAUACCACCUCAGGUUGCAAGCACAUUCUAGCUAGCUAGCCAUGUUGACUUGUAGCGAACAUCAACUGCACAUAUUUAAGUCAACGUUAGCUUGCUAGUCUAGCUACAUUAGCUAGCUAAAAUGCAGCCACACGGGCUAUAAGUUAGCUGCUAACGCGUUAGCUAGUUAAGGUUAUUUUGGUCCAGGCACAGUAGGCAGGGGCUGUCCUGUUUGCCCUCCGAAUUGGGAUUUCACCAAUUUGCUUUCAUCUGUCAAGCUGAGGAUUCACAAACCCGGUGGUUUUGAAGGUGUGACGUCAUCGCCCGGUGCUCUUCAUCGAGGAGCCGGGAUCUGAUUGGUCCGUUUUGGUUUGCGGCCGGCGGGCUGGCUCCUCCUCCUCCCGGCGGCAGCGUGCGCUCCCAGCUGCCUCCCUGCACCCCCCGCUCGCCCAGCCUGCUCGCCCGAGCCCAUGCCCCCCCCAGGCCCUCCAACGCCAUGUGCCUCCCCCAGCACGGAGCGAGCCAGGCAGUGUUAGGCCUAGGGGGGCUGGGGUUUGGGACAGGCCUAGGGCUGGGGCAGGGCCAGGGGGGGCGGCGCUGUGGAGGGGUGCCGCUAGAACCCUUCGUACACCAGGUGGGAGGGCACACCAGUAUGAUGCGCUACGAUGACCACACGGUGUGCAAACCCCUCAUCAGCCGGGAGCAACGCUUCUACGAGUCGCUGCCCCCUGAGAUGAAGGAGUUUACACCAGAGUACAAAGGCAUGGUGUUGGUGUGUUUUGAGGGGGACAUUGACGGCUACAUCAACCUGUUGGCGUACCCGUGCGUGGAGAGCGAGAGUCUGGACCACGAGGAAGUACCGGAGAGGGACCAACCCCGGAGGAAACACUCCCGCCGCAGCCUCCACCGCUCCACCUCAGAGGUGAAGGAGGAGAGGCCACCGCAGGAGAGCGACAGCACUGAGAAUCUCCAGGAGCUCAAGAGUCCUCGUCUAGAGCUCCAGAUCUACAGUGAUGUUCCCUUCCAGAUGCUGGAUAAUAACAGCGGCCUGGUCUCAGAGAAGAUCAGCCACAACCCCUGGAGCCUCCGUUGCCACAGGCAGCAGCUCACCCGCAUGAGAUCAGAGUCCAAGGACAGGAAGCUCUACAAGUUUCUGCUCCUGGAGAACGUGGUUCACCACUUCAGCUACCCGUGCAUCCUGGACCUGAAGAUGGGCACACGUCAGCACGGGGACGAUGCCUCGGAGGAGAAGGCUGCCAGGCAGAUGAAGAAGUGUGAACAGAGCACCUCCGCCACCCUGGGGGUACGUGUCUGUGGGAUGCAGGUGUACCAGAUGGACACGGGCCACUAUCUGUGCAGGAACAAGUACUACGGCCGCAGCCUGUCCAUCGAGGGCUUCCGCCAUGCCCUCUACCAGUUCAUGCACAACGGGACGUCGCUCAGGAAGGAUCUGUUUGAGCCCAUGCUGUGUAAGCUACGCAGCCUGAAGGCCGUUCUUGAGAGACAGACCACCUACCGUUUCUACUCCUCCUCCCUGCUCAUCAUCUAUGAGGGGAAGGAGCCUGAGCUGGCCCACGUCUGGCAGAAAGCACCACAGGAAACCUGGCAGCAGAAAGCAUCACCACCACAGGCCCCGGCAGAGCCCUGGGAAAACCAGAAACCACCAGCACCACAGCCAGCAGCUGAGGUGCCCUCAGAGAAGGAGGUGGUGGUCAACCCAGGGGUAGGAAUCCAAGGUGUCCAAGGACCGGGGUUAGGAGUGAGGCUCCAAGGUGUCCAAGGACCGGGGUUAGGAGUGAGGCUCCAAGGUGUCCAAGGACCGGGGUUAGGAGUGGGGCUCCAAGGGGUCCAAGGACCGGGGUUAGGAGUGGGGCUCCAAGGUGUCCAAGGACCGGGGUUAGGAGUGAGGCUCCAAGGUGUCCAAGGACCGGGGUUAGGAGUGAGGCUCCAAGGUGUCCAAGGACCGGGGUUAGGAGUGAGGCUCCAAGGUGUCCAAGGACCGGGGGUUAGGUGAGGGCUCCAAGGGGUCCAAGGACCGGGGUUAGGAGUGAGGCUCCAAGGUGUCCAAGGACCGGGGUUAGGAGUGAGGCUCCAAGGUGUCCAAGGACCGGGGUUAGGAGUGAGGCUCCAAGGUGUCCAAGGACCGGGGUUAGGAGUGAGGCUCCAAGGUGUCCAAGGACCGGGGUUAGGAGUGAGGCUCCAAGGGGUCCAAGGACCGGGGUUAGGAGUGAGGCUCCAAGGGGUCCAAGGACCGGGGUUAGGAGUGAGGCUCCAAGGGGUCCAAGGACCGGGGUUAGGAGUGGGGCUCCAAGGUGUCCAAGGACCGGGGUUAGGAGUGGGGCUCCAAGGUGGAGUCCUCCAAGGUGUCCAAGGACCGGGGUUAGGAGUGAGGCUCCAAGGUGGUGUCCAAGGACCGGGGUUAGGAGUGGGGCUCCAAGGUGUCCAAGGACCGGGGUUAGGAGUGGGGCUCCAAGGUGGAGUCCUCCAAGGUGUCCAAGGACCGGGGUUAGGAGUGGGGCUCCAAGGUGGAGUCCUCCAAGGUGUCCAAGGACCGGGGUUAGGAGUGAGGCUCCAAGGUGGAGUCCUCCAAGGUGUCCAAGGACCGGGGUUAGGAGUGGGGCUCCAAGGUGGAGUCCUCCAAGGUGUCCAAGGACCGGGGUUAGGUGUGGGGCUCCAAGGUGGAGUCCUCCAAGGUGUCCAAGGACCGGGGUUAGGUGUGGGGCUCCAAGGUGGAGUCCUCCAAGGUGUCCAAGGACCGGGGUUAGGAGUGGGGCUCCAAGGUGGAGUCCUCCAAGGGGCCCAUGGACUGACAGAAGCCCCUCUCCAGCCCCUCCAGCUGCCCCAGGCUGUACCAUCUCCACCAGAAUGCCCCCCCCCCCCCACCACUCCACAGCCACAGCAGCCCCACCAUGAGCCUCUCUUGCCCCCUCCACCUCUGCCCUCAGACCCCCACGCCCCCUCUCCCCCGCUACCAUGCCCCUCCAGCCCUAGCAUAAGUGUGGACGUCCGCAUGAUAGACUUUGCCCACAGCACCUUCAAAGGUUUCCGUGACGACCAGACAGUGCACGACGGGCCGGAUCGGGGCUACGUGUUUGGACUGGAGAGCCUCAUCAAGAUCCUGGAGGGCCUCAGGGAGGAGAACCUGUAGCAGCCGAACCUGGGACUGCGUCUCAAAUGGAUGGAAACCUCUAUUCCCUAUAUAGUGCACAACUUUUGACCAGGGCCCACAGGGUGUUAGCGUGUCUUCUUCCUCUUGAAAAAAUAAGUUACAAAAUAAAACCCAGGCUGCUUCCAAAAAAGGCACCUAUUCCUAUAAGGAUCGUGUGAAAAGUAAAGUACUAUGUAGGGAUUGGCGUGCCAUUUGGAACGUACCAAACAUCAUUCAGGAGAAGGAAAGCUGUACAUGACACAUCUUCAUCCUCCCUCUUCAGAUGUCCUCCUCCCCACUACCCUAUCCUCAAUUAUUCUAUUUUGGAGAAAACAGGAAACAAAAAUAAAGAAAGAAACCGUGAGACGUUUUGGAGAAAGAAAAGCACAUUAUUAAUCUGUAAUAAUGAGGACCUGAUGGAGCAGUGAUCUGUAAUAAUGAGGACCUGAUGGAGCAGUGAUCUGUAAUAAUGAGGACCUGAUGGAGCAGUGAUCUGUAAUAAUUAGGACCUUAUGGAGCAGUGAUCUGUAAUAAUGAGGACCUGACUGAGCAGUGAUGUGUAAUAAUGAGGACCUGAUGGAGCAGUGAUCUGUAAUAAUGAGGACCUGAUGGAGCAGUGAUCUGUAAUAAUGAGGACCUGAUGGAGCAGUGAUCUGUAAUAAUGAGGACCUGAUGGAGCAGUGAUCUGUAAUAAUGAGGACCUGAUGGAGCAGUGAUCUGUAAUAAUGAGGACCUGAUGGAGCAGUGAUGUGUAAUAAUUAGGAUCUGAUGGAGCAGUGAUCUGUAAUAAUGAGGACCUGAUGGAGCAGUGAUCUGUAAUAAUGAGGACCUGAUGGAGCAGUGAUCUGUAAUAAUGAGGACCUGAUGGAGCUGUGAUGUGUAUUCAUAAGGAUCUGACGGAGCAGUGAUGGAAUGGAUGGAAGGCCGCUGUAUGUCUAUGCUACUGUCUGACAGUAAAGGUGAAAGGUUGUGACCUUAAACUGUAAAGGACAAUCAUUUCUGACUGUUGUGCUCCUCCUAGAUUAGAGACACGUGAGAAACGUAAAGGGAGCAUCUACAGGCCUGUGUGUAUCCUAUUAAUCAUCCUGGACAGAAAUGGCUGCCAUUCCUCUGAGGGAAACAUAAAAAGGGCAAUGUCUGCCUUGUGGGUUUGUCGCCACUGUGUGGCCAACUGAAGUAUUGCAUUGAAGAAAGGCACAGGAUGAGGUCAGGGUUUGGUUUUGAAGGUAGCGCAGCCACUGCUCAGAGCAAGGCCAGGUCCUGUCUCUGUCCCAAAUGGCAUCCUUAUUCCCUUUAUAGUGCACUACUUUUGACCAGGGCCCAU